AUGUCCGUAAAAGAACAAGACAAACAAUUGGAAAAUACAAUCCAACAAGAAGAGCCACAAGAAACAAAGCAAGAACAAGAAGCCAAGCACGAACAAGAAGAGAAUGAGCAGCAGAAAACUGCCCAUACAUCCAAUGUAGAAAACAAUGAACCAAUUCAUAUUGUUCAAGACCAAACCGACGCUCCUCCUUCUACCACCAUCCCCACAGGUAUCUUUGAAUCUACAUUGGACAGUUUGGCUACUAUUGGCUCGAAAAUCAACCCAUUGACCCAUCGUAUUGGCAAAGGAUUAGGUCAAGUGAGACAAUACGCGCAAGAAAAGUUUGGUACAGCUGAAGAUAUUACUGAACUACCUCAAGAAUACAAAGAUCUAGAAAAGAGAGUAGACCAACUGGAACAUCUUUAUCAUCAGUUGGUCAAAGUGACCAAGGUCUAUGCGACACCCAAUUAUGAUUAUCCUUUAGGAUUCACAAACACGGUCACAAACCAAAUCGCCUUACUGGCUCAUGAACACAAUAGCAGUGCACAGACACCCGAGCAUCCCAAGUCUCUUUCUCACGCCAUGGGCCGAGUCGCAUCUCAAUCUGCUUCCGAACUAGGCAAAGAUGAAGCAUUACGUGCAGCCCUUUCUAGAUUUGCCUCUGCUGCCAAUAAGGUUGGGAAUGCUAAAUUGACCAUGGACCAUGAAGUCGUAGCCAGAUUUCAUACACCUCUACAGACCUGUUUAAAGACAUCCAUUGAAGGUGCCAAUAAAGCAAGACGUGUGGUUCAUCAAAAGAGAUUGGCGUUGGACGCAGCCAAGACGGAGUACAGAGAAACGCCCGCUAACAAACUAGAUAUGGCUCGAUCUGAAGUAGAACAAGCCGAAGACCAGUUUGUAGGUGCAGUAGAAGAAGCCACUCAUUUGAUGAAAACCGUUUUAGAAGAUCCUGAGCCUUAUAGAGACCUUGCUGAAUAUGUUCAGGUACAACUUGCUUAUUUCAGAGAGGCUCAUGAAAUCUUGAACAAAUUAUUGCCUGAACUUCAAGAAAUUCAGAAAACACAAGAGACUGUUUAUCGCGCAUUGAUGGAUGAUGAAUAA